AUGACGAUCCUUGUUCUGCAGUCUGAAUCUGUUGAGAGUGAUGAGCAGCAGAAUGUUACUAUAGAAGAAGAAGAACUGAUUUUGGAGGGAGGAUUCUCGGUCCCCAACACAAAUUCAUUCGGCCACAAUUUCAGGGAUUAUAAUGUGGAGAGUGAUAGGCAGAAAGGUGUUGAGGAGUUUUAUAGAACUCAACACAUCAACCAGACGUACGACUUUGUGAAAAGGAUGAGGGAGGACUAUGGCAAACUGAAUUGUGUAGAAAUGAGUAUAUGGGACUGCUGUGAACUGCUUAAUGAAUUUGUAGAUGAGAGUGAUCCCGACCUGGAUGAGCCUCAGAUAGAGCAUUUAUUGCAGACUGCGGAGGCCAUUCGCAAAGAUUAUCCUAACGAGGAUUGGCUUCACUUAACUGGCCUAAUUCAUGAUCUGGGAAAGGUCCUUUUGCAUCCAGAUUUUGGGGAGCUUCCUCAAUGGGCAGUCGUGGGUGAUACAUUCCCUGUUGGAUGUGCAUUUGAUGAAUCAGUUGUUCACCACAAGUAUUUCAAGGAGAAUCCAGACUAUAACAAUCCUUCUUACAACACUAAAUUUGGAGUUUAUUCAGAAGGCUGUGGACUAAACAAUGUGAUGAUGUCAUUUGGUCAUGAUGACUACAUGUACUUGGUAGCUAAGGAGAAUAAGACUACUCUACCGUCAGCAGGUCUUUUCAUAAUCAGAUACCAUUCUUUCUAUGCUUUACACAGGGCAGAUGCAUAUAAGCACUUAAUGAGUGAAGAAGACAUUGAGAAUCUCAAGUGGCUCAAAAUAUUCAACAAGUAUGAUCUGUACAGCAAGAGCAAAGUUCGAAUUGAUGUAGAGAAGGUCAAGCCAUACUAUCUUUCCCUCAUUGAAAAGUAUUUUCCAGAAAAGCUGAGGUGGUGAUAGUGGCAGUACCU